AUGGCGGAGGUGCUGCAGCGAGGUCGCUCUCUGGCUGAGACGCCAACAUAUUCGGUUGCCUCUGUUGUUACUGUGAUGGUCUUUGUUUGUUUCUUGGUUGAGCGUUCAAUCUACCGCUUUGGAAAGUGGUUGAAGAAAACAAGAAGGAAGGCACUUUUUGCUUCGCUGGAGAAAAUUAAGGAAGAGCUGAUGCUGCUUGGGCUCAUCUCUUUAUUGUUGGCGCAAAGUGCUAGAUGGAUCUCUGAAAUUUGUGUGAAUUCGUCACUUUUCAGCAGUCGGUUUUAUAUUUGUUCUGAGCAAGACCUUGUCACGAAUGAGAAUAUAAUGUUUGAAAGCUCUUCAUCCUUCCCUGGUGAAACUACUAUUCCAAAAGGACUCAAUAGUGGUACAUUCAACCAAUGUGCAGAGGGCCACGAACCGUUUGUUUCAUAUGAGGGUCUUGAGCAGCUGCACCGCUUCUUAUUUGUUCUUGGAAUCACUCAUGUUCUAUAUAGUUGUCUGGCAGUUGGUUUAGCGAUGAGCAAGAUAUAUAGUUGGCGCAGAUGGGAAAAUCAGGCUACGAUGGCAACUGAUGGAAAUCUGCAAGAAAAGAGAAACAAGGUGAUGAGGCGGCAGACAACCUUUGUUUUCCAUCACACUUCUCAUCCAUGGAGCAGGAGUCCAAUACUAAUCUGGAUGCUAUGUUUUCUGCGUCAGUUUAGGAGUUCUAUACGAAAAUCAGACUACCUUGCACUCCGUCUAGGUUUCAUCACAGAACACAAAUUGCCGUUGUCCUAUAAUUUUCAUAACUAUAUGGUUCGAAGCAUGGAAGAUGAAUUUCAUGGCAUUCUAGGAAUAAGCUGGCCGCUUUGGAUUUAUGCUAUAAUCUGCAUCUUUGUGAACAUCCACGGUCUGAAUAUAUACUUCUGGCUAUCAUUUAUCCCUGCAAUGCUUGUCAUGUUAAUAGGGACAAAACUUCAACAUGUUGUAUCCACUUUAGCACUUGAAAUUAGAGAGCAGACAGGUCCAUCAGCUAGGACACAAGUAAAGCCACGUGAUGAUCUUUUUUGGUUCAAAAAACCAGAUAUCCUGUUAUGGCUGAUACAAUUCGUGAUAUUUCAGAAUGCCUUUGAAAUGGCAACGUUUAUUUGGACAUUGUGGGGACUCCAGCAACAAUCGUGCUUCAUGAGAAACCAUUACAUGAUCAUUAUUCGGUUGGCAUCUGGGUUGGUUUCGCCUCUCUUUCAAGAAUGCUUUGUUCUGCUUUCUUGACUUAUUUUCCAGAUUUUAAAUACUUCAAUUUGCGGGAACUCUCACAUUUUCUUGUUUCUAAACUUGCAGUGCUCUUGUUCAGUUCUGGUGUAGCUACAUGACAGUGCCCCUGAAUGUAAUAAUUUCGCAGGUUGGCUUAACUUUCUCUCUGACAAGUUCUUAUUUCUAAAUAUUCGAAGAUCAUUUUAUUUUCUCUAAUUGAAAGGGUAAAUACUGGAUAGGUCUAUAACGUUGGUUAAAAAAUGGGGGGUGAAAAUAUCAAGGUUAAAAAUUGUAUUAUGACUUGGGGGGGAAAAGGCUGAUAGAACUAAGGCAGAAUAGUCAAAUUGAGAUAAUAUGGUAUCACAAAAAUGACACUAAAAGAAUAUGGUAUAAAUGUCUCUCUCUCUCUCUCUCUCUCUCUCUGCAAUUUAACUCAUUUUUACAUGAGCAUAAAUAGGGUAUAAAUCUCAAAAGAGUAUGAAACACUGAUUUUCCC